AUGUCAACUAGUCAGCCUUCAAUACGUGAAUCUCAGGGUGUAUCCCGAAACCUCACAUAUGAAUUUAAGAAGCUAAGGAAAGAAAAUUCCACAAAAAAGUCCCGAUUUCAACUGUCAGCAGCUGAGCUUUCUACAAAUGGAUCAGAAAAGUUACUUGAAAAUAUUGAUUCUAAUUACAUAUCUCGGCAUUCGUUGCCUCCAUUAUGGGUCGAUAUUUAUGACCAAGUUAUCGAUGACUUGAAAAAGCUGGAAGACGCUGUCCCAACGCUGGGGAAAAUACAGCGGCAAAGGCUAGCAAUCACAUUUGGGCAAUUGAGAAUUUUUAUAUAAAAAAAUAAAAAAAUAAUCUUUUUUUUAAAAAAUUAUUCUCACCAUUUGGCAGCACUAAAUCUAAAGACAUCGAAAUCAGAAACAUCGGAGAAUCAAUUUCCCAGCUAAUUCGCUCAAUCGACAAACAAAUAAAAGAUCUUGAAAACCAGUCAGGAAACGUCGAAGACAGAAUCCUCAGAAAAAACAUUUCUCAAAGUUUUUUCCAAAGACUCCAGCAGCAGUCCAUAAAAUACAAAAAAAUCCAGCAGGAUUUUGUAAAGAAAAUAAAAAGCCAAGAAAAUCCGAAUUUAAUAUCAGACUAUAAUGAAGAUUUUUUGGCUGACGAUAAAGAGGAGUAUGAUAAGGACGAUUUAAUGGAGGUCAAUGUGGCUAUGGAAAGAAAUGAGGCGAUUAUUGAUUUGGUUACGAGUAUUCAGGACCUUGCAGAUGUAUUUAAAGAGCUGUCGACACUUGUGAUGAAUCAAGGGACGAUACUUGAUAGAAUUGAUUAUAAUAUUGAAAAAACCCUUGAAGAGACAACUAAGGCUAAUAAAGAACUUGUGAAAGCUGAAAAGCACCAAAGGUGUACGAGGGCGACAGGGUGCAUUGUAAUGUUAGUCAUAUUGAUUGUGCUGCUGAUUUUGGCACUAGGGUUGAAGCAUUUUAUAAUGAUAUAG